AUGUUCCACACAUUGGAUAAUUUUGAUACAGAGUUCUCUGCUGAUUCUGUUGAAUGGUGUCCAAUAGAUCCUUUCAAAGAUAUAUUUGUUUGUGGAACUUAUCAAUUAAUGAAAGAUGCAGAAUUAAAAUCCAAUGAAUCAGUAUCAUCAAAACGUUUAGGAAGAAUUUACAUGUUUCAAGUUAAAACCAGUGGAUCUUUAACAUUAUUGCAACAGCUAGAAGUACCUGCUGUGUUAGACAUGAAAUGGUCACAUGUUAAAUGUCAGGCCAAAAUUUUACUUGGUGUUGUAAAUUCUUUAGGAUAUCUACAAAUUUAUGAACUUAAUGACAAAAAGAGUUUACAGUUAUUAACAGAAGAAAAAGUUGCAAAUGAGAAUGAGGUCCUUGCAUUAUCUUUAGAUUGGUGUACAGAUAGUAAUGAAUCCAUUUCAAAGAUAGUAGUUAGUGACUCAAAGGGUUGUAUAUCAUUGUUUCAAAUAAAUGGAAGUAAACUUAGUAAAAUUAAUUCAUGGCCUGCGCACGAAUUUGAAGCUUGGAUUACAUGCUUUGAUUACUGGGAUACAAAUGUGAUAUAUACUGGCGGCGAUGACUGUAAAUUUCAACGUUUCGAUACGAGAAUAGGAUUUCAUCCUGCAGCUUUGAACAGAGUUCAUGGUGCUGGAGUUACUAGCCUUCAUAGUAAUGCAACCCAAGAAUUUUUAUUAUCAAGCGGAAGUUACGAUGAAAUUCUAAGAUUGUGGGACACCAGAAACCUGAAGCGACCUAUUUCAGAAAUUAAUCUUGGCGGGGGUAUAUGGCGUUUAAAAUGGGAUCCAUUCGUACAAAAAUAUUUACUCGCAGCUUGCAUGUAUGGUGGAUUUAAAAUAAUCGAUUGUGAAAAACCAGAAACUCUAUCCAUUAUUGGAGAAUACAAUGAGCAUAAAAGCAUAGCAUACGGAUGCGAUUGGUGUUUCUUAAAUAACAGAGAAAUUGCAGAACAAAUAAUUGAAACAGAAUCGCAAAAUAUUUGUUUGAUUGGUACUUGUUCCUUCUACGAUCAUGCUUUAAAACUAUGUUCCUUUAAUUUAAAGAACUAA